GUCACAUCCUGUCAGUCAUGAGAGUGACUGGAAAAUCUGAAGGCUUGGACUUUCUAUCAUAUUUCAUAAACAUGUUGCUGUAAAGUUCAGGCUGCUGCCCCCGCGACCCGGCCCCGGACAAAGCGGAUGAAGAUGGAUGGAUGGAUGUAUCCUUAAUAAAAAAAUAUCUGCUGCCAUAGUUUAAACACUUGUUAGAUCAUCCAACAUGUGCUAUCCAUGCAUAUUUACUUAGAAUGAAGCUUGUUUCACAGCUGAACUAAUUCACAUUGUUUCAUAGAGUUUCUAAUACAUACUUUGUCUAAAAUGAAUGUCAUCAAACACAGAAAGAAGGUUGCAUUUUGACUUUCAUUGUAAACUGCUGCACACUCAGGCAAAAGUCCUGAGUCUGCCCAUAUGGGUUUUAUUUUGCUAGUAAGUAAAAUAAAAGUAAGUAAAAUUGUAUUUGUAUAGCACCUUUCAAGAUAAAAUCACAAAGUGUUUCACAGAAGCUAGAACAUAAAACAACAUCAACCAAAGGCAAGUUUAAAAAGAAGGGUUUUAACUGUUUUUUAAAAGAACUGACAGAGUCUACAGAUCUGAGUGGAAGAGAGUCCCAGAGUCUGGGAGCCACAGAAACAAAAGCUCUGUCACCUUUUGUUUUUAAUCUAGUGUGCUGGACAACCAGCAAGCCCUCAGGGACCUGCUGGGAAUAUCAGGAUGAGGAAGAUCACUGCUGUAAAUUGGAGCCAGUCCAUGCAGUCCUGAGGGUCAGGAUUAUAUUAUGGGGAAACUGGAAGCCUUGGUCAACAGCCUUGCAGCAGCAUUUUGAACACCCUGCACACGUUCCAAGGAGGCAUGAAUCUGCUUAACAUGAAUAUCCAAGGACAGAGCUGUAACACCAAUCUUCCUAAUAGAAGAUUAAACAAAAGCGAGGGGGCCUAAAUGUUUUAAUACCAAAGGUACAAAUUUAUCAGGAGCAAAGACAAGGACUUCAGAUUUCUCAGCAUUAAGUUGAAGAUAAUCUUCUGCAUUCCAACCUCUGAUAGAAUCUAAGCAUCUCUGCAAGAUUAGAAGUUUAGAAACAUCAUGUGGCUUAAAGCAGAUAUAUAGCUGAAAAUCAUCUGCAUAGCAAUGAUACGAAAUGUCCUUAAAAGUGCUGAGAAGUUCCUGAAGAGGGAGUAAAUAUAACAAAAACAGUACAUGUCCCAGGACAGAACCUGUGGCACACCAAGAGAGGUGAGAGAGGACCUGAGCUUGGAGGAAGCCACAGAGAAGGAUCACAUAGAUUUAAACCACUCCAAGGCCGUUCCUGAUAUACCCACCCAGUGUUUUAGUCUAUCUAACAGAAUAUGAUGGUCGACAGUAUCGAAGGCAGAGGUCGGGUCCAACAACAGUAGAGCAGUGCACUCAGCAUCAUAAUUCAUCAGUAUAUCACUGGACACUCUAAGAAGUGCAGUUUCAGUGGAAUGAGCUCUACGUAAACCAGAUUGGAAAUCACCAAGAAUGUUAUGUUGAUCAAGAACCGCUGUGAGUUGCUUGGCCACAACAUUCUCUAAAAUCUUGGCGAUAAAUGGCACCUGACCAGAAAGCAGAGAGGCGUUGAUGAUUGUAAGCACACUAGGACCAGUGGACUGAAAGACCUUUCUAAACAAAGGUCCAGAUAAAACAUCAAGAGGGCAGGAGGACGGGUUCAUUGAAUCAACUAAUUUGACCAGCUCAGGGUAUGGUGAGCCUCUCAGCGACCCGUCUCCUAAAGAGGCCCGCGUUUUAAAAGGAGACCCAUGCUGAUAAAUGCCAGGCCUCGCCACACUCUCUGUCGUCUGCACAAACACAAAUGCCUGCCUGCCCGUGGGGGAGGUCUGAUUAAAGAUAUCCACAUUUCAUCCACUGGGCUGUGUCCCCCCUCCCAGCGGCCACCAUGUUUUGGAAGUUUGACCUGCACACCACCUCCCACAUUGACCAGCUGCUGGACAGGGAGGACGUGACGCUGAGAGAGCUGAUGGAGGAGGAUGACGUUCUGCAGGAGUGCAAGGCCCAAAACCGUCGGCUGCUCCUCUUCCUUUCCCAGGACCACUGCAUGCAGGAGCUGGUCAGCCUCAUCACCACAGAGCCACCUGCUGAUCUGGAGGAGCGAAGCCGCUUUAAGUUUCCCAAUGUUGCUUGUGAGCUUCUGACCUCAGAUGUUUCCAUUAUAAACGAUAAGCUGGGUGGAGACGAGUCUCUCCUCGAGAUGCUCUACCACUUCCUGGAACAGGACCCACCUCUCAAUCCUCUACUAGCCAGCUUCUUCAGCAAAACCAUCGGCAAUCUCAUUGCCAGGAAAACCGAACAGGUUAUUACAUUUUUAAAGAAAAAAGAAGGCUUUAUUGGUCUGGUGCUGAAACACAUUGACGCCUCUGCCAUGAUGGACCUGCUGCUUCGCCUCAUCAGUUGUGUGGAGCCUGCCCCUUUGAGACAGGAUGUUCUGCAUUGGUUAAACGAGGAAACGUUGGUUCAGAGACUCACAGAGCUCAUCCAUGCUGGCAAAGAUGAGGAGAGACAAUCAAAUGCGUCCCAAACGCUGUGUGACAUCAUCCGCCUUAGCCGAGAUCAGGCCAGUCAGAUGCAGGAGAACGUAGAAGCCGACCCACUAUUGGCUGUGCUAGAAUCGCAGGAGAGCGUGGCGGGGCUUCUCAAGAACAUGUUUGAGGGGGAGAGGAGCGAGGCCUCCAUCGUUAAUGGAACUCAAGUGCUACUUACCUUACUGGAGACCAGGAGGUCUGGGUUGGAAGGGCUGAUGGAUCUGUAUUCUCAGGGUUAUGAAAGGUCUUACACUGUCAACAGCAGUAUUUUAAAUGCCAUUGAGCCCCAUUUAAAGGACUUCCAGCAGCUUCUUCAGGAUCCCCCCAAGAAAAGUGCAAUAUUGACGACCUUUGGCCUUCUAGAUCAGCCACUGGGGAAUGCUCGCCUUCAUGUGGCCCGGCUGGUGGCUGCCCUGCUCCAGACCAAUGCACCCAAUAUCUGCCAGGAGCUCUGUAACCUGGCCACCAUGGACCUGCUACUGGAUCUGUUCUUCAAAUACUCCUGGAAUAACUUUUUGCACUUCCAAGUGGAGCUGUGUGUGGCCUCUAUCCUGAACCAUCCUUCCUCAGAGGAGCGGCCAGGCCUAGGCCUGCAGAACCACGAAGAGAGCGCUACAGCGUCCAGCCCUCAGGCGCAAGAGGAGGACGCGACAACGGAUGGGACGAGCGACCCACAGACCUGCAUCCACGGUGCGCUCGUGGCACAUCUCUUCCAGAAGUGUCGACUGCUUCAAAGGAUCCUUGAUGCCUGGGAGGAGAACGAUAGAAUACAGGCUGAUGGUGGUACCAGGAGAGGCAACAUGGGUCACCUGACUAGAAUAGCCAACAUGGUGGUCCAGAACCUGGAGAAAGGACCAGUACAGACCCAGAUCUCUGACCUCAUCAGAGAGCUGCCAGAAGACUGCAGAGGUCGCUGGGAGAGCUUUGUGGACGAGACCCUGAGAGAAACUAACAGGAGGAAUACCGUAGAACUGGUAAGCACUCACAAUAUGCACUCGUCCAGUGAGGACGAUGACAUGGAGAGCCCCUUCCCCAACGACCUGUCGCUCCAACAGGCUUUCUCAGACUAUCAGAUCCAACAGAUGACUGCCAGCUUUGUGGAUCAGUUUGGCUUCAACGACGAGGAGUUUAGCGAACAUGAUGAAAAUAUCAACGCUACGUUUGACAGAAUCGCCGAAAUAAACUUCAAUCUAGAUGCUGAUGAUAACAGUGCCAACGCAGCUGCAUUUGAAGCCUGCUGCAAAGAGAGGAUACGCCAGUUUGAUGAUGCUGAAGAGGAGGAGGAUAUCUGGGACGAUAAGGAGAUCAACUAUGCAACUCAAGCUAAAUCCAGAACAAGGUUCGGGGUCUCUCAAACCUCAGAGGGAAGCUCCAGGAGCAGCAUGGAAAACGGAGGUCGGGAGCGGGACCGUGCAUCUGAAUCGGAUGAGGACGAAGACUCUGAGCAGAACACGUCAGAUUCGGGUCCUGGCUGGACAGCAAAUUUCAGGGAUUCUGGAGAGAACGCAGCAUCCCAAACCUCCCCCGGGUGGGAGAGCUCAGCAGGGAGCGCGACCGAGACACAGCAGACUGGCUGGGCUAACUUCACUGAGUUCCAGCCUUUCUCUGGUACAAAGACAGAUCCCAGGUGCAGCUCUCCUGUGGAAACGGGCAGCAGUGAUGUCGAUAAACAAGCCAAACAAAACCACGAGAAGAGCGAUGUUAGUACCUCCCCUGGUCCAGCAGGAGAAGGGAGAAAGGCUCCACUCGUGGCCUCAGACAGCAGCUCCUCCGGAGGCUCUGACAGCGAGGAGGAUGACAAAAAUGCUGGUGCUCCUCCCACCUUAGAAACAGCCAGUGCCCCGGGCAACAAGACGGCGGACCUCAAAAGUGAGGAGUGUCCGGUGUCUCUGGAGAAGCUCUCCCUGUCAGAUCCUCCUACAGCUUCAGAGCAGCAGCCUGCUGAGGAUCUACCUGUAAACACGCAGACUGACAGGAAAGAGGAAACGCCACCACCCCAGGAAGUGUCGGUCAACGGGCCCGUGUGAGCGCGAUGGGCGCCGCAGCCCCUGAGAGACGCAGACUGUCAGCCUCCUCCAGAGUGACUCCCCUAAAUAACCUCACUGCAACUACGGUGUUUUUACUGAAUCACUCUGCCAUGUUAUUGGACCUGGACACUGCCAAUCGACACCAAUAACGAGGCGGCAGGACAUGUAAAAAAACAACCCCCCCCACACAAAAAAAGAAAAAGCGAGACGGAGCAGAGUGCAGAGGAAUCUUCUUCAAAGCCUUUUCCUGAUGUUGCACAUGAUCCCGUGCAGUUUUAAUGUAGCAGCGAUCUUUGAAACGACAGAGUCCGAGGGGUAACAUCGUCACCGCUAUUUUUUUAUGUCCUCAAACAUUACUCUCCCGCUUCCCACCCUUUGGGAUUUUACAUGGGCACCCCGAAUGGAUAGCACAGGCCAACUUUAAAUGAUGCCUCAACAAUAAAUACGUUGUUUUUCCUUCAAGCUUAAGAAAAAGCACUUAUGCAGCCAUUUACUGUACAUUAUAGCACAAUGAUGUAAGUGUUGUACCUUCAUCUCUGCUGGUUGUCUCCUCUGUCCUCACAUCAAGGUUUUAUCCAGUGUUUGGGUUUUUUUGGUUUUGGUCGCUGUUGAUGAAACAUCCUCACCAUCGUACGUCACCAGGUUUCUGAAUGUUUUGAAGUGCUUCAGGACGCUCUGUUGAAGAGGAGGAGAAGCGGGUCAAUGAACAGAGCUCUAAUAGUAUUACUGUCUUUUGCUCAUGUGCAAUAAUGUCAAUUAGCCAUUUUAUUUAAAAAGAAAAAAUCUGGCAUCAGAGACUCAUUGGGUAGUUUCAGAUUUGGAUAUGAUCUCAAUUUUCUCUUCUUUUACUUUAGUGCAUGUAUAACCGGUUCUCUGUUGACCUAGCUAGUGAGCUAAGACCUUCUGAUUGUAUUGACCUUUACGUUCUUGCUAUCCCCCUUAAAUCAACCAAACUUUAUCUACCUAUAUACAAAUAUUAUCUACAUUUAUAAGUAAUUUUACAAGCAACCUUGAGAUUACUAUUUUUGUCUGUUCCUUUUCUCUCUUUCCACCAAGCACUUACUCACAGGGGGAGAGUGACAUUUGGUAAGAGUGACGCUGUAUGCCCCCCACCCCCCUAUUAUUAUUAUUAUUAUUAAUUUUUUUUUUAAGGUUAAUUUUAUUUUGUUUCUGAGCAGCAGAAUUGGAGGGAGAGCAGGUCUGAGUUCUGCAGAGCUACAGGCCUCUUUGGUGUACUUAAAUCAUUUGACAGCGAUCAGGUUCUAUGAUUAUUGUUAAAAAAUUCAAAUUAAAAGUGUCUGGCUGACCACAUUAAUACCAAA